AUGGCUGAAUCUUUCUCGCUAAGGUUGUCAAAAGAAUUCACGCUUAAACGUCUUACAUUUUGGAUUUUUUGGCUUGGGACUCAUAUUUUUUUAUUCAUCUUUGGUUUCUUUAAACAAAAGGAUGACAGAUCUUUGGAUAACCUUAAUGUCAUCGGUUUCUCUUUAUGGACUUCUCGUGGUGCUGGUUUGUGCCUUGCUUAUGAUGGCGCUCUAAUCCUCUUACCUGUUCUCAGAAAUCUUAUAAAAGAUUUGCGUGCUAUAAGUUUUUUAAAUAACCUUAUUCCAUUUGAUGAAAAUCUUUGGUUUCAUCGUCAAACCGCUUAUGCUAUGCUCUUUUGGACCCUAGUACAUACUUUUGCUCAUUAUGUUAACUUUUGGAAGUUGGAGCAGCUUGGCAAGUUCCAAGCCUGGAAACUUCAUUACACUACUUGGGCUGGCCUUACGGGCCAUUUUAUGUUACUUAUUAUGGUUUUAAUUUAUACCUCUUCUCAUCAUAAGAUGCGUCAUCAAUCUUUUGAAACUUUUUGGUACACUCAUCAUCUUGCUUUCUUCUUUAUGUUCUGUUUAUAUUUUCAUGACCAUGGUUGUUUUGUAAAAACCGCUCAAGGUGAAUGUAAAGGUUAUUUUUCUCGACGAUACACCAUAGUUGGUGGUAUUUUGUACUUUUUUGAACGUGUCCUACGUGAAAUCCGUUCUCGUCAUCCAACUCAAAUCACAAAAGUUAUUGAUCAUCCUUCGAAAGCAAUUGAAAUUCAAUUUGAUAAGCCUUCUUUCCGUUAUAAGGCCGGCCAGUACUUGUUCUUAAAUGUCCCUGCUAUAUCAACUUGGCAAUGGCAUCCGUUCACAAUCACCUCGGCACCAGAUGACCCUUAUGUUUCCAUUCAUGUUCGUUUAGUUGGUGAUUUCACUAAUAAGCUUGGUGAAUUGCUUGGAUGUAAUUCUAAUUUUGAUACUGAAAUAGCUGUACCUACUGUUCUACCAACUCUUCGCAUUGACGGCCCUUAUGGUGCUCUUUCUGAGGAUGUAUUUAAAAAUAAGAUUGCUGUUUUGAUAGGUUGUGGUAUAGGUGCUACUCCUUUUGUCUCUAUCCUCAAAAAUAUUUGCCAUCAACAACAAAACAAACGUCUAUUGAAAUUAAAAAGGGUAGAAUUCUUUUGGAUAUGUCGUGAAACUGGCUCAUUUGAAUGGUUUCAAUCCUUACUGAAAACUUUAGAAGCUACCACAAUGGAAGCUGGUUUCCUAAAAUUACACAUUUAUCUGACAUCAAAACUUAGAGAAUCCAUUAUAAAUAAUAUAAUAAUUAAUGAUAUAUCUGAUUCAUAUGAUUCAUUGACGGAUUUAGAAAGCAUAAUACAUUACGGUAGACCAAAUUUUGGUUAUAUAUUUAGACAACUGAAUCGAGCGAUUGCGAGUGGUUAUUAUUUGCCGAGCAGAGAAGGAGAUUUGAAUAUUAACGUGGGUGUAUAUUACUGUGGUCCUCCUGCGUUGGCUAAAAGUUUAAAAAAAGAUUGCGAUUUUGCAAGUACUAAACGUAUAAGAUUUCAUUUCCAUAAAGAGCAUUUUUAG